AUGGGUUGUUGCGGCAGUGCAGAAGCCACUGCCUGCACGAACAACGAUGAGGUUGCCUCGCCUUUGGCUGUCAGCUUCAGCCGUGGAGGAGCGGAUGAGGACCCAACCGGCCUGCCACGGUUGCUGGGCCGCAGCGCCUCAAGUGCUGCUGCAAGCGCCUCGUGCGAAAGCCUCAAGUCCGGGCAAAAGCAGCCUGCGACGGGCGCCGCUGCCCCAGACUUGGGGCAGCCUCUAGGUUCCGGCGAUGGUCCAGGAUUAGCCUCCUCUAGCGCUGUCUGCAACUCUGCUGGCGCAGCCUGGCAACUUGCGAAGGUAGAGAACGAGGAAGCCCAGGAAGCCCUCGCCCGUGGCUGGGAAUGCUUGCGUGCAGACGAGCCCCUGCGGGCCGUUGGCUACUUCACCGAGGCCAUCAAGAUUCUCCCCACAAGCGCCGAGGCGUACAACCUCCGUGGUAUCGCGAAGGAGUUGAUGCAGACUCCUGGAGCACAUCAAGACGACCAGGACUACCAGGCAGAUUACCAGAGAGCCGACCAGCUAGCAGGGGACCCGGAAACGAAGAAGCGGCUGGAGAUGUUGCGAAAGUGGAAGCCCGUUGGUUGGCAGGUGAGACGGGAGGUUGAAGCCAAGACGCUGGCCAGCGCCUUGGUGAUCAAAGAGCGGGAGUUUGGCACGGAGCACGCAGAAGUUGCCCUGACUCUGAACAAUUUGGCCGGUGCCUGCGGAGAUCUUGGAGAUCAUCAGCAGAAGAAGCGCCUUCUUGAGAGGGCUUUGGGAAUCUUUGCGGCGACUGUUGGGCCAGACCAUCCGCAUACUCAAGCGGUGUUGGAAAAUCUAAUUCGAUCUCACGCAGACGAGCUGGCAUCAGAAAUUUGGGCAGCGCUAGGCAUGGCAAGUGGAUGA